CCAAAUUGCGCUAGUUCUCGGUACGCUUCCGUGUCAGAAGGGACCCUCGAGUCGGCUGGAUGCCAAGUCGCAAAACACGAGUCAAUGCUUGAGCUGGUGACAGUUACUAGCUCGCCUUUCAAAUCCCUGAGCUAAAGGAGCUACCCCUGCCUGCCGUCUGCCGUCAGGGUCUUUGAGCAUGUAAUAAGAAGUCGACGUGAAGAUUAACUUGCUUUCUUUCCAUCAACCAAACUCGCCACUCUUUUGUCGGUCUCACACCUAGAUACCCAAAAGACAAGGAGAUCAAAAGUCACAACAUGAACGCCAACUUGCUUAGAUCUCGCCUGUUGCCGGCGGUGCAGGCCGCGCUGCCCAAGCAGCAAGUCAGAAGCGUCACAACUCGCUCGGUGCAAUGGGAGCUCAACACGGGCGCAAAGAUCCCCGCCAUUGGCUUCGGAACGUUCCAAGACGCCGAUGCUCAAGAGGAAGCCGUGAAGACGGCGCUGAAAGUCGGAUUCCGCCACAUUGAUACCGCGAGAGUUUACGAUACUGAAAUCCAAGUCGGCAAGGGCAUCAAAGCCAGCGGCGUUCCGCGCGAGGAUAUCUUCCUGGGCACCAAGCUGUGGUGCAACUCACACCACCCCGACGACGUCGAGGCCGCCCUCGACGCCUCCCUCAAGGACCUCGACACGCCCUACGUGGACCUGUUCCUGAUGCACUACCCUUGCACGUUCCAGCGGGGCGAGGACCGCUUCCCCAAGGGCGCUGACGGCAAGAUGAUUAUGGGCAAGACGACGUUUGUCGAUACCUGGAAGGCGAUGGAGGCGCUGCUCAAGACGGGAAAGACAAAGGCCAUUGGUGUCAGCAACUUCAGCAAGGACGAGGUGCAGACUCUUAUUGACAAGGGAUCAGUGGUUCCCGCCGUUCACCAGAUGGAACUCCACCCCUACCUCCAGCAAAAGUCCUUCGUCGACUGGCAACGCGCAAACGGCAUUCACAUGACGCACUUCUCGCCCCUCGGCAAUCAAAAUUCGUUCUACCGCGAAGUCUCGUGGUCCAAGGAGGCCUCGCACAUGGCCCGCGUCAUCGACCACCCGACGCUCGCCGAGAUUGCAAAGAAGCACGGCAAGACGCCCGUGCAAGUCGCUCUCGCUUGGGGCGUCAACAGCGGCCGGUCCGUGAUUCCCAAGAGCGUCAUUGAGUGGCAGAUUAAGGAGAACCUCGAGUCGGACUUCCUGCUGGAUGGGGAGGAUAUGGACAAGAUUGCCAAGAUGGAUCUGAAAGCGAGAUUUAAUGUGCCGUCUGAGGAGUAUAGGUGGCAGCUGUACAAGGGGCUGGAUGGAGUUAACUACUGAUUGGUAUCACUGGCGAUCGAAAACUUGGGUGUAGUUAGUUAGAUUUAGCAG